CGAUGGCGGCGCUGCUGGAGCACGAGAGCCAGAUCUUCCUGGAGCUCUUCCACCGCGACGGGCUCGUCGUGUGCGCCCGCGGGCUCGGCAUCGACCGCCUGCUGCUGCGCUUCCUGCGCCUCUACUGCGAGCCCGCCAGCCUGGUGCUCGUGCUCAACACCAGCCCCGCCGAGGAGGAGUAUUUUAUUGAUCAGCUGAGGUCAGAUGGAGUUGUUCAUCUCCCUCGCCGUGUUACCAAUGAAAUUGCAAAUAAUACUCGAUAUGAAUUUUAUACACAAGGAGGAGUCAUCUUUGCAACCAGUCGGAUCCUUGUGGUGGAUUUCCUUACUGACAGAAUCCCUGCCAAUCUCAUUACUGGCGUUUUGGUGUACAAAGCACACAGAAUCAUUGAGUCCUGUCAGGAGGCAUUCAUCUUGCGACUUUAUCGCCAGAAGAACAAGCAAGGCUUCAUUAAAGCUUUUACAGAUAAUGCAGUUGCCUUUAACACUGGCUUUUGUCAAGUGGAAAGAGUGAUGAAGAAUCUUUUUGUUGGGAAGCUUUAUCUGUGGCCAAGAUUUCACAUAGCAGUGCACUCGUUUUUAGAGAAGCAUAAACCUGAAGUGGUGGAAAUCCACGUGGCAAUGACUCCUGCUAUGCUUGCCAUCCAGACUGCAAUCCUGGACAUUCUGAAUGCAUGUCUGAAGGAACUGAAACGUUACAACCCAGCUCUUGAAGUAGAAGAUCUAUCUUUAGAGAAUGCUAUUGCUAAACCUUUUGACAAGACAAUCCGCCACUAUUUAGAUCCUCUCUGGCAUCAGCUCGGAGCUAAGACAAAGUCUUUGGUGCAGGAUCUGAAGAUCCUACGUACUUUGCUACUGUAUCUAACCCAGUAUGAUUGUGUCACUUUCCUUAAUCUCCUGGAGUCACUGAAAGCAAGUGAAAAAGCUUUUGGUGAGAAUUCAGGCUGGCUGUUCCUUGACUCCAGCACUUCAAUGUUUGUGAAUGCUCGAGCUCGAGUUUAUCGCAUUGCAGAUGAGAAACUGAAUCAGAAAGGCAAAGGCUCAGGCUCUGAAAAACGUGAUGUAAAGAAGGAAAAUGAACUGAAAAGGGAAUUGGUUCUAGAAAGUAACCCAAAAUGGGAAGCUUUGAGAGAAGUACUGAAAGAGAUUGAAAAUGAGAAUAAGAACAGUGACAACCUUGGCGGUCCAGGGCAAGUGCUCAUUUGUGCCAGUGAUGACCGAGCCUGUGCACAGCUCAGGGAGUAUAUUAUUACUGGAGCAGAAGCUUUUCUAACAAGACUUUAUAACAAAACCUUUGGAAAGGACGAGAAAGCUGGAGAAGUGUGGAUUAAUGACAGAAAAGCCACGAAGUCCAAAGGAAAUGCCAAACCAGACACAGGGCCUCAAGCCAAAAAAGCCAAGCUGACAGCUCCUUCAAAACAAAAUAAACAGAAGAAGCAGCAAGACCGGACUCUAAUCCAAAUGAUAGGGAAAACUGAAGAGGAAAAGAGAGAGGAGGUCGAGGUGGAAGACAACAAAGAAUUAAGUGGUAGCCAAGAAAGCAACAUUGAAGAGACCAUUCCUGAAGAUUUUGAUUUCAGCUUGCCCUCAGAUUGUUACUAUGGGAUUUUCAAGGACCCACUGACAAUUAUCCACCCGCUGCAGGGCUGUGGGGAUCCCUACGCGCUCACUCGGGUGCUGCACGAAGUAGAACCCAGAUAUGUUGUGCUGUAUGAUGCAGAACUCACUUUUGUUCGGCAGCUGGAAAUCUACAAGGCAAGCAGGCCUGGGAAGCCUUUGAGAGUUUAUUUCCUCAUAUAUGGGGGCUCCACAGAAGAGCAGCGCUACCUCACAGCUCUGAGGAAGGAGAAGGAGGCCUUCGAAAAACUCAUUCGAGAGAAGGCCAGCAUGGUUGUUCCUGAAGAAAGAGAAGGAAGAGAUGAAACAAACUUAGAUCUCCUCAGAGACGCCAGACCUGCCUCUGUCUCUGCUGACACACGCAAAGCAGGUGGACAGGAACAGAAGGGUGUCCAGCAAACCAUAAUCGUGGAUAUGCGGGAAUUCCGUAGCGAGCUUCCAUCCCUGAUCCAUCGCCGUGGCAUCGACAUCGAGCCCGUGACUUUGGAAGUUGGGGAUUAUAUUCUAACCCCCGACAUCUGCGUGGAGCGCAAGAGCAUCAGCGAUCUGAUCGGCUCCCUGAACAACGGCAGGCUGUACGCGCAGUGCGUGGCCAUGUGCCGCUACUACAAGCGGCCAGUGCUCCUCAUUGAGUUUGAUCCUAGCAAACCCUUCUCCUUGAUCCCGCGAGGCUCUUUACAGCCAGAAAUUUCCAGCAAUGAUGUUACUUCUAAACUGACCCUUCUCACACUGCACUUCCCAAAGUUACGAAUCCUGUGGUGUCCCUCUCCCCACGCUACUGCUGAAGUCUUUGAAGAGUUGAAACAAAACCAUCCCCAACCCGACGCAGAAACGGCGAUGGCCGUCACCGCAGACUCCGAAAUUCUCCCCGAGUCAGACAAGUACAACCCUGGGCCUCAGGACUUCCUGCUGAAAAUGCCAGGGGUUAAUGCAAAGAACUGCCGUGCCUUAAUGACCCACGUUAAAAGCAUUGCAGAGCUGGUGACGCUGUCCAAGGACGAGCUGGCCAAGAUUUUGGGUAAUGCUGCCAAUGCCACACAACUCUUUGACUUUAUUCACUUGACCUAUGCAGAGGCACUAGCCAAAGGAAAAAGCAAAAAAUGACUCAUGAGAUUGUUCAACACACAGCACAGAUAAGCUUUUCUGGCACAGUACUUUGGCAAAUACAUGAAAUAUUUUAAUAAAUGCCCCCCUAAGAUAACCAGCUGUUUCUUGCUCAUGCUAUUCCAUCAGUUUUAAUAUGUGAGUUAAUUAUUACUAAAGGCAAGUUUCAAGAGGAAAAAAUAUUUUUAAUAGAGAAAUAUGAAUUAUUUUUAUUCUUUUUAAAGCACUUUAACCAAUUCUAUAAUAUCACUGAAUUAACUAAAUUUCUAACUGAAAUUAGAAAUUUCAAUUAGAAAACUGAAAUAAAUUUCUAACUGAAUUAACUAACUUUCACCAAGACCAUAAGAAUUAAGUGCUAAGACUAACUGAUAAAGGUGUUUUCUUGUGAAAGCUAUGAUGUCUUGUUCAAGCUAAAAAUGUGCUGUGUUUUGAUUAGUCUGGGUGACCUGCUGCAUGAUACAACACUGCUUUUGCCAUUUUUAAUGUCUCAUUCUCUGGCAACUGCCACUUUUUGAUUGACAGUGAUGAAGUUAUUUGAAACACAUUGUGGUCUUUGCUCAGGAGUUUAUUUAGACUGUACUGGGACUGAAUCCUGAAUUUUAGAACAUGACCAUAAGCCUUUGUCACAGUAAAAUCCAUUUGUAUGCUAUGCUCUGCAUUUUGCUUGCUCACCCUACUACCAAUUACACUUUUUACCAUUACAAAGCCGGUACAGCUCUGUCCUGCUGGAUUUUACAAAGUGCUUUCAAAGUGCUUACCAAGUUAGACCAAAGUUAGACCUUUGGUCUAACUGAGUAGAAAUUCUGUGGUGCCACAGAGCAACUAAAUUUUGAGUGUGCCUUACACUUUUAAGAGGCUUUUUUUUUUACUCAGUUUUGAUAGCUCUUUCACUUGGAAGUGAAAAAUCUGGGUAUACCAUCAGCACUGUUCCUUUAUACCAAAGAAUAUUUCCUCUUAUAUAAUGCAGUCAUUUUCUAAGCAAGGUUUUCCAAAAGUGUUGAAAGUUCUUCCAAUAUUGGCUUCUUUUGUGUCCUAUUGCUCUUGUAUUUUUAUGCUCCAAAUCAACUGUCUGUCAAUAACCUCAGUAAAGCCAUUGUCACCUAGAAGAUAAUACUUUUAGUGUUUUGUGUAGCAUAAAAGAAGGAAAUGUUUGUGAAUAUGUGCAUUGUUAAAUUAUACAUUCUACAUUGAACUUUGAUACAACUGUGUACAAACUGCCAUUGCCAAAAGGGUUGGUCCAGUGUUAUUCCAUGCUAAUGUAUUUACAUUUGUUAUUUACAAAACCUUUAUCUAUGAUUUGCACAUGUAUUUAUAUGAUUCUAAUGGGAACAACAGACCAAUAUUAUCUCCUUUGUGAAAGAAGAAAAUAUUUUUUGUGUUCAGGUUUGGUAAAAACAGUACUGUGAACUUUCAGGUUAAAUGUUUAUUGUGCAUUUUAAGUAUGAAUUAUGAAUUGUUAACUUUAAUCUGUGGUUGAGCUAUGACAAAUUUCCAAGGGAACAUUUUUCUGCAGAUGCAAAUUUUAGUAUUAAAUACACCCAUAAUAAGAUUAAAAUUUGUUCAUUAUCUUGUUUUGCAUUUGGCUGUAUUGAUACCAAAACAUUUAUAUUUUUAGUGUGUGGUUUACAAUCCAGAUCUUUGGGUUUCUAUUGCCCUAGAUUCUAAUUUAUUUAAUAUGAGAAGAAGUCUUUCCAUUUUGACUUUUGUGUAUUCAAACUAAUGUUGUCAGAUGUGCAGAGGUUUGAGAAUGCUGUAAAGUGGUGCUAAGAGAACUGGAAAUCAGAGUAAGAUCCAAGUGCCCUGAGUGCAUGGCCUUGGAGCCUGAUUGAGAAAAGGGCAGCUGAGCAGCCUUGGAGAACAAACAUUGCUUGUGCAGUGGGGUCAGGGUGCUCCAUGAACUGUGGCUUUGGGGUUUUUCACAGAUGCUGCCUCAGCUGUCAGUGAGGUUUGGAGUUUUUGCAUUGAUGUGUAUGGGGUGAAAAUGAAGGGAUAGUAAUGGGAGAUAAAGUUGUAGCUUUGUGUUGUGUGCUAGAUCAAAGUUACAUCAUGCAAUUAAAUAAUUAUUUGCUGAA